AUGGCGGCGCCGCUCGCUGCGCGCCGGGGCGCCGGGGACGCGGGCGGGCGCCGGGGGCGGCUGCUGCCGCCGCUGCUGCUGGCGCUGCUGCUGGCGCGGCCGGCGGCGGCCCUGGUGGAGGGGCUGUACUGCGGCACGCGGGACUGCUACGAGGUGCUGGGCGUGAGCCGCGCGGCCGGCAAGGCGGAGAUCGCGCGGGCCUACCGCCAGCUGGCGCGGCGCUACCACCCCGACCGCUACCGGCCCGAGCCCGGCGACCCGGGGAGCGCGCCGAUCAGCGCCGAGGAGGCCUUCCUGCUGGUGGCGACCGCCUACGAGACGCUCAAGGAUGAAGAGACUCGGAAAGAUUAUGACUACAUGCUGGAUCACCCAGAGGAAUACUACAGCCAUUACUAUCACUACUACCGCAGGCGCCUCGCCCCCAGAGUGGACGUUAGGCUUGUGAUUCUGGUCAGUGUGUGUGCCAUCUCGGUGUUUCAGUUUUUCAGUUGGUGGAAUAGCUACGACAAGGCGAUCAACUACCUGGCCACAGUGCCCAAAUACCGCAUCCAAGCCAUGGAAAUUGCUAAAGAGCAGGGGUUGCUCAGAAAAGCCAAAGAGAAGGGCAGAAACAAGAAAUCUAAAGAGGAAAUUCGUGAUGAGGAGGAGAACAUUAUAAAGAACAUUAUAAAGAGUAAAGUGGAUAUAAAGGGAGGCUAUCAAAAACCCCAGAUACGUGACCUUCUCCUGUUUCAAAUUCUCUUAGCUCCUGUUCACCUGUGCUCUUAUAUAGUCUGGUACUGCCGGUGGGUCUAUAACUUUAAUAUCAAAGGCAAAGAGUAUGGGGAAGAAGAAAGACUAUAUCUCAUACGUAAAUAUAUGAAGAUGUCAAAGUCUCAGUUUGAUAGUCUAGAAGAUCACCAAAAAGAAACUUUUCUUAAAAGGGAGCUCUGGAUAAAGGAGAAUUAUGAGGUCUACAAACAAGAACAAGAAGAAGAGCUAAAGCAAAAAUUGGCCAACAACCCUCGGUGGAAGAGAUACAGGAGAUGGAUGAGGAAUGAAGGGCCCGGGCGGCUAACAUUUGUGGAUGACUGA